UCGGUCGACCCCUUCCCUCAGACCAGCUUCCUCCAGCAGACCAACUCUCUGGGUGUUGUGACUGGCCAGCCCGCUGCUGCCACUUCCAUCCCCACCCAGCCAGCCGCUGACACUGCUAUCCCUACCCAACCGGCCGCUGACACCAGCGUUGGCGUUGCCGCCUCCAUUCCCGCUGUUGCCCCUGGCAUCUACACCAUCCCCGUCGCCGGUAGCGGUAACUCCACCCGCACUCUCGUUGUCAGCGCCAACAACUCCACCACCAUCAUCCUGAACGAGCCCACCUCUGGUUCGGCCGCUGCCUCCAACAGCGCCAGCGCCACAGGAUCUGGCUCUGGCUCAUCUGCUUCUGGUACCGGCCGUGCCUCCUCUACUGCCUCUGGCACUGGUGCUUCCCAGAGCUCUCCUGGUGCCGCCGCCAACCUCAAGGUUGCCGCUGGCUCCAUGGUCGGUUUCGGUGCCUUCAUUGCCGCUUUCUUGUAA